GUGUCACUUCUCGUCGAGACGUCGAGUCUUCUAAUCUUCUUCUUCUUCCACAAAGUCUUCUAGACUAGACGGCUGUUCUACUCUUCGCACUGCGACACAGCACUCCACUUCUCCUCUUUCCAUUUUUUUGCUCUUCCCAGUUCUUCAAUCAACUUCAGCGCCCAGAAGUUAAAGCCCACCCACGGUUUGAAUCCUGGAUUCGCCACUGGGGGAGAGGAUAAAUGAAGGCGACCAUGGCCAUGGGCAUAGGGGCAGCCAACGGCACGUUUAGAACUGAUUGGGAGGAUCAUUCAUGGAACAGGAAAACAAUGUUGCCAUUGCCGUAUACCUAUUUUCAUGUAACACUACAGCCACCUCGUCAUCACCAACUAAUAGUAUGUUCAAGCUUGGAGUCGGAUGGGGCAAAAGGCUCAGGAACCACAGCCAGAGGACGCAGACUUCUUAAAAUCCGUGAAGAUAAGAGAAGGCGCGAGUACGAACGCCUUCACAACUAUCCUGCUUGGGCCAAAGUGUUAGAAAAUGCGUGCAAAGAUGAUGCUGAGCUUAGAGCCCUUCUGGGAGAUAGCAUCGGAAACCCUGAGCUCAUGAGGAAAAGGGUUGAAGAAAGAGUUCGCCAGAAGGGCAGAGACUUCCGCAAAUCAAAAACUGGUUCAGUCCUUGCCUUCAAAGUCUCCUUCAGAGACUUCAAUCCCCUUGAUUCUUACAUUUGGUUUGAAUUCUUUGGAUCACUGUCUGAUCGUGAUGUUGAUCUCUUUGGAAGUGUUAUUCAGUCAUGGUAUGUUAUGGGACGCUUGGGUGCCUUUAAUUCUACUAAUCUGCAGUUGGCAAAUUCAUCUAUGGAGUACAAUCCCCUCUAUGAUGUGGAUAAGGGUUUCAAAGUGAUGCCAUCUUCAUUUCAUGAGAUCAGUGACAUUGAGUUUCAAGAUAACUGGGGUCGUGUUUGGGUAGACCUGGGUACAGCUGACUAUUUUGCUGUUGAUGUACUCCUCAACUGCUUGACAGUCUUAAGUUCAGAAUAUAUAGGUAUUCAGCAGAUAGUUUUUGGUGGUCAGAGAAUCGGCGAUUGGGAAGAGGGAAUGACCAACGCAGAGUAUGGAUAUAAGUACUUCAAGAUUUAAAUUUUGAAUUAUCUAAUUCCCAACUUUUUGUAUUACGUUGAAAGUUUAGUAGAUUAAAAUCAUUAAAUUUAGAUGACACUACAUCAUGAAUCUAUAUCAAACUACAAAACCUCAUUACGUCACCUAUCCUUAUAGUCCUGAAGAAAUAACCAAGAGCAUACAUGAUGAGGUUUUGUAGUUUGAAGCAUAGCUUAGAUUAUUUCUAUCACUCCAUGUGAAAAUCAGAGAAUUCGUAAUUU